CGCCGGCGAAGAUGCGGGAAGAUGGCGGCGGCAGAGUCAAACGAGACAAAAUGCAUCGACGUUUCGUGCGCUGAAAAUGCAACGGGCGACGAGCCGGCCGUGGCGAUCCCGCGCCGGCAAAUCGAGCGGUAUCAAUUUCGCAUGACGGAUCUGCUGUACUACGCGUUUUCGGUCAGUUUCUUUUUCGCGGACGUAGCAACAGACAGCAUUGUAUUUGUGGAAUACCUUUUGCAAGGCCACUUAGAGUGGGGAUGCUUUGCAAUGGGUUUCACCAUCUUACCCGCUUGUGUUACUCAACUAUUUAGUUUGAGAUGGCAUCGUAGCGAUGGCUCCUUGAAGACUGUUCACUGGUUAUUGCACUUCUUACUUCUGGGCUUUUUGCACAGGUAUUUGACUCUGUUUUAUACUGCGGUACAUUCUCUAAGAAAUAAGUCAAGCUUUAGCAAGGACAAGAAUUGGGUAUACCGGCAAGAAAGUGACAUAUGUAUGUUGCAUUUAUUUGAAUCAUUCGUUGGAGCUGCACCACAGUUGAUCUUACAAUUGUACAUAAUUGCAAUAUUACAUCAUGCUCCACUUUGGACAAGUGCAUCCGCUAUAGCUUCUUUUUGCUCCUUGACGUGGGCCGUGAGUACAUACGUGAGAGCCAUGCACAAUAUCAAUCGCGAGCGUAACAACGCGACCUGGGUAGCGCUCGCUCUUCAGGCUUUGUGGCGCAGCGGCAUGCUGCUAUCGAGAAUCGGAGUUUUGGUGCUGGCUGCAGUUUUCCUGAGAGCGUGGUUCUUAUUAUUUCUGGGUCUGCACUGGUUGUUUAUGACAAUCUGGGUGAUCUUGCAGAACACCGAGUUCUGUCCGACCGUGUGGGAAGAGCGUAUUUACAACUGUAUCAUAGGACUCAUCUACUGCUUCGACUUCUUCAACCUGCGCGACGGUAGGUCGCGUUACCGCGUGUUGGUGUUCUACACGGUAAUCGCGGUACAGAAUUUGGUCUUCCUGGUGAUGUACGCGUUGCGCUUCGUGGACGCGAUCGCGGUCGACACGAUGAUCGCGAUCACGAGCGCGAUAGUCGGCGGAAUGCUCGUCGGUUUGACCAGCAUGCUGUUGUAUUACGGCAAGUUCCAUCCGUCGAGGUUGACGUUAACGAGGGACGUCCGUCGGGACAUCGACGAGCAUCUUGCUACCGUCAAGGUCGACACACCCAGGUCCUUCAAACUGUUCCACCGCGGCUCCUUGGUGUCGUUGCAUCAUUCCAUCGACAUCUCGCCGAGAGUCACCAUCUCUGAGGAGGUGGCCACCGACAAGCAGUCCCUGCUGACGAACGUCGCGCAGAUCUCCGAUUGCUUGGAGGAAGGCAUCGUCAACUGCAACUACAAUACCGAAAACGAAUCCGUGCGUGUCUCCACCGAGUGCGAAAAGCCGCACAGUCGUGCGCACAAAGAAGAAACGACGACGCCGAAAGACAACGCGGACAAUACGCUCUCGGUGAGCGCGACGUUGAGCACUUUGUACCAGGGCUUGCCCGACAUCGAUGAUGCGGAGGCUCAUCAUCGUCAAAAACGCAGGGGCAUCUGCUUGCCCAUCACACACGGCCUGGACACGGAAAAGAAGAUUCUAUCUGAGGUAGACGUAGAUAUGGAUGUCGACGUAGACGUGUACUUAUCGUCGCGAAAACGUCGCGGCAUCUAUGAACAUGGCAUCGCGACGCAAUUGGAUUGGUUGUCCCCGGACAUCUCGAGCAUUGACUUGAAUCUCGACGAGGGCGAGCGAAACAACUCCCUCACAUUGGAUUCCUGCAGUAAAGUAAUCGGCGCGCUGGACGCGAUAAAAAACCGGAGCAGACUGACAACCCCGACGCAGCUGGAGGGCGGCAGGAUAUUCGACAUAGAGAAGGUAUCCAAAGAUCUGCAACGGGAGCAGCAACGGGACGAGACGAUGAGCUGCGUGACGUCGAUCCACGAUUACGAGAACGUGUGUCCGCUGGGGAUCGCCCGACCGCCGUGGUGCAUUCGCAGCUGGAAAGGCUAUACCGACAUCGAAACGUACAUCCACGACGACAGCGUGGUGCGCGAUCGGCGUCGGGAUACACUUACUAGCACCACCGGUACGACCUACAGUUCCGAGUACUCGGAUGGCGUGUGCGGCGCAGGUUCAUUGAUCUCGCGCGGGAUCCUGAAACAAGAUGACUACGCGGACACGUUGGUAUACGAUUUUGCAGAGUCUAAAGACAGUAAGUCGCUGUACGAUCGCGGUGAUAAUGACGUGUUCACGAGCACCACCAUCGAGGACCAGAACGCCGCCACGUUAUAUAUCGCCAAGCCGGUGGUGAUAGACGACAGGGGUGGCAUGCUCGCAUUGGACACGAUAAUGGAGGAACGUGACGACUCGGUGUCGUCGGAGGAAGGUAAGUUCCAGCGCGUCCAAGAGGCUACACGCGACUCUGCGAGUACUCUGGUGAGCACGAUCGAUCAGAUCAGGCGAUACACAGCGGAAAAUUCGCCGCGACACGUCUAUCACACCACGGGGACACAGUGGGAGGAUCUGAAUCCGAAAAAUCUAAUGGCGCGGGCACGCUUCGCCAAAGUGCUCUUCGAUAACGACCUGAAGACCGGCACGAUGCCCGGUCCGGUUUGCGAGCUGUCGCCGUGCAAUGACUCGCGCGCCGUCGACAAGCGCGAGAUUGAAGCAAUUAGAGAAUUCGUAAAGUGCUGUGCGAUCGAGUCUAUCAAGAAAACGCCGCUGAUAGAAGCCAUUCUAUCGGACUCGCCGAUCUUAGGCAGCAGAGGUAAGCUCGUACGGCAGGUGACAUUCGCGGACUGCAAGGGUGACUUCGACGCGAAUGAGAGCGAUCUGUACGUGGAAAUGAGUCCGUUGGUGUCUGUCGAAAACGGCGAGAACUCGUGCGCUUCAAAGCUCGUCGAUUCGAAGACUUCCGGCGAUCUGGAGAUAUCCGCCAAGAGGAAUCUGCCCGCGACGUCGAAGGAAUCGCUGGAGCUGUUCGAUAAGGAGAACCUGGCGCCGAUUUCAUCGUACAAGAGUAGGAAGUGCAACAACAACGACGAUGACAGGCGCGCCUGGACUAUAGAACGCGACGACAAAGCCGACAAGUCCCUGUGCAAUGUGCGUUUCAGCCUCAAGGAGAAGAGACAUAUAUUUCUCGAGCAAGUUCUCUCGCCGCCGAAACUCUGGAAUAAGCGCAUCUCUUUCCAUCCGAGCACUAAGAACUUGUAGUGAACGAUUUUCUCUUGAUACACGCCACGCGUCUCGUGCUUUGAAUAUUGGCUCAUUUCUAAAGAAUACCAAAAAUUUCAAAGCGAACGAGACUUCGUGAUUCUCGUAUCUGGUACUCUUGUGUUUUAUAAGCUUAAUUCGAAAAUCUCUUCCCAUAAACGCUAAAUAAAUGUUGUCACGAACGUAGCAUUCUGUGUGUGAAUAGGAAUAUUCAUUUUUAAAAAUAUCAUUUAUUUUAAUGAGAGAUGUAUCUUUAUGGGGAAAGAUUUGUGAAUUGAACCAAUGGUUGUGAAUUGAACGGCGGCUCAUUGUUGUCUUGCUCAAACAUAUUUCAUAUUUAUAUUAUGGGAAUUUUUCUCUUGUUACAAGCUCGUGACAUAACGAAAUUAAUUUUAUCCGUCACGUCAUGGUAUUGAAUCUUAUUUCAAGAUGCACAUCUUUUUAUCGAAGAUGUCACUAUACGCUUUCACACAUACACACACACACACACGCAUAUAAAUAGACAUUCACAAAUCUAGAUGUAAGUAAAAGAAACGAUUUUAUACGACAGAAACUACACGCCACAGUACAAAGACUGCAGUAAUAUUAUGUCACUCGUUAAUAAGGCACUCACAAAACAUUUUAUCCAUGACUUUAAGCUGCACCGCGUUUACUCUCGCGAGUGGCAUGAGUGAACGCGAUGUCAGCGUGUGAUAUGCGCCGUCCGACACUUGUGUGGUGAAACUAACGAAGUCCGGUAUUAUGUCUACUUCCGACGAAAUAAAUUACGCUUUUGCGAUUAGAUAAGUGUAUAUAAAAUGACGUAUUAUAUAUAUAUAUAUAUAUCGAAAUUAUUUUUUUACACAAUUUUAUUAUGUAGAAUAAAGAUUUUGUACGUAAUGAAA